CGGAAGGGGUGCGGGAACCCAGCCCCAGAAGAGAGGUCCUUGUCCCCGGUCGCCCCAAAAGGCGAGGCGGAGCUCACCCCACCUGACCAGUGCUCAAGCGCACCCCUGAGAAGGGCCCGGAUCCCCGAACCCCGAGCAGCGUCGAGCCUGCGCCCAGCGAGGUGCCCCUGACGUGCCUGCCUGGGCUGCCCCGCUCCCCCCAGGCACCCCGCACCCCGGGCAUGGGAGGGCGGCGGGACCCAGCUCCCAGGCCCUCUGCGCUGUCACCUCGCCCUGCCCCAAGCUCUGAACCUUGGGCUCCAACUGUCAGGUGUUAAUUUGGCAAAAGGCGAGGCCAGGCUGGGUGCCGCCCCACUGCGCCUGAGUGACUCAGCGCCUGUGCCCAGAUCAACAGGACUUUUGCCCCUGCCCCUCCAGCCUGCUUGGAUCUCUCCCAGGUCUCCCUGCGGUGCUGCCUGGGAUGCAGGGAGCCGGGGGCCCCAGGGGCCGGGGCCAGUCCCCAGGCAGGAUGGGCGCUCUGGGCCAGCCCUGGCUCAUCCGACUCACCUACCUGCUGACCACCCUGGAGCUCACCUGCCUCUUCAUGCAGUUCUCCAUCUUGCCGUAUCUGUCGCGGAGGCUGGGCCUGGAUUCUGUCGCCUUUGGCUACCUGCAGACGACCUUUGGCGUGCUGCAGCUGCUCGGCGGGCCUGUGUUUGGCAGGUUCGCAGACCAGCGCGGCGCGCGGGCGGCGCUCACGCUCUCCUUCCUGGCGGCCUCCGCGUUCUACCUGCUCCUGGCGGCCUCCUGCAGCCCCGCCCUGCCGGGCACCUACCUGCUCUUCGCCUCCCGCCUGCCCAGCGCGCUCAUGCACGGGCUCCCAGCCGCCCAGAUGGUCAUCACCGACCUGUCUGAGCCCGAGGAGCGGCCUGCGGCCCUGGGCCGGCUCGGCCUCUGCUUCGGCGUCGGCCUCAUCCUCGGCUCCCUGCUCGGCGGGACCCUGAGCACCGCGUGCGGGAUUGAGUGCCCCACUGUUGUGGCUCUCGUGGCCAACCUCCUGGGAGCUGGCCUCAGCGCCACCUGCAUCCCCGCCAGCACCAAGCGCCCCGGCGCCGAGGCUGCACCACCAGGCGGCCCCCAGGCCAGCGUGUUUGACCUGAAGGCCAUCGCCCGCCUGCUGCUGCUGCCGGGUGUCCUGCGGGUCUUCCUGGUCAAGCUGGUCUCCGGCUUCCCUUCAGGGCUCUUCAUGGUCAUGUUUUCCAUCAUCUCCAUGGACUUCUUCCAGCUGGAGGCCGCCCAGGCCGGCUACCUCAUGUCCUUCUUCGGGGUCCUCCAGAUGGUGACCCAGGGCCUGGUCAUCGGGCGGCUCAGCAGCCACUUCUCGGAGGAAGCGCUGCUCCGGGCCAGCGUGCUGGUCUUCGUCCUGGUGGGGCUGGCCAUGGCCAUGAUGACCAACGUCUUCCACUUCUGCCUGCUGGUGCCCGGCCUGGUCUUCAGCCUCUGCACCCUCAACGUGGUCACUGACAGUAUGCUGACCAAGGCUGUCCCGGCUGCGGACACGGGGGCCAUGCUGGGCCUCUGCGCCUCUGUGCAGCCGCUGACCCGCACCCUGGGCCCCACCCUGGGUGGCCUGCUGUACCGCAGCUUUGGCGUCCCCGUCUUCGGCCACGUGCAGGCCGCUGUCAACUUCCUCCUCCUCCUGAUCAUCUGGAGGGAGCCUACGCCCCGGAAGAGGGACAAAGUCCAGUGACCACCGCACCCAGCACAGACUGGCAAUAAACUCCCUCAGGACUC